ACGCGACGACUGACGACACAACACAUCUCGUCGAAAGUGACAAGGAUGCACUUGUAAACAUAUUGAAUAACCAGGAGAGAUUACGUGGUUCAAUACCACUGUCACACGUGUCCUAGUGAGUGCACAUUCUGUUUGUUGUUGUCAGUUGCGGUAGCCUGAUACCUUUCUGUGGUUUCAUAUUUUGGGAAACCAUAGCUCAAGGUUAGGCCAUGAAUUUAAAAAUUUAUUUUUGUUUAUACGUGUCAUUGAUUGUAAGUGGUGUUGUAGCUCCACCUGUCACUCAAACCACUAAAAGUCCUAACGAUAUUGACCAGAAAGAAAAUGAUGAUUUCAGUGUUGAGUAUAAUCGCUAUUUAAAAGAAGUGGUUCAAGCUCUGGAAAGUGAUCCCCAAUUCCGGGAUAAACUUCAAAAAGCAGAAGACACGGACAUACGAACUGGUAAAAUUGCCCAUGAAUUGGAGUUUGUAAGCCAUGCUGUUCGAACACGUCUUGAUGAAGUUAAGAGGACAGAAAUGGAGCGUCUCCGGAAAUAUGCUCGAAAGGCAUUUGAGCUGGAGCAGGGCUUGGACACAGAACACCUUGGAAUUCACAGUGCCCCUGACACAGAACAUGUUGAUCAUGCAAAUCCUGAUACUUUUGAAGUAGAGGACUUAAAAAGACUUAUUGCCAAGACAACGAAAGAUUUAGCAGAAGCUGAUAAGAAGCGGAGGGAAGAAUUUAAAGAGUAUGAGAUGCAGAAAGAGUUUGAAAACCAUGAAAAGACAAAAAAUAUGACUGAGGAAGAGAAAAAGAAAUUUGAGACAGAGCUGCACAACAUGGAAGAAAAGCAUAAGAAGCACGCCCCGUUGCAUCAUCCUAUCAGCAAACCACAAUUAGAGGAAGUAUGGGAGAAACAGGACCAUAUGGACAACCAAGACUUUGACCCUAAAACUUUUUUCCAUCUGCAUGAUCUUGAUGGUAACGGCGUGUGGGACUUUGAUGAAGUUAAAGCUCUUUUCCUGAAAGAGUUAGAUAAAAUGUACCAGGCUGGAGCACCCGAAGACGACAUGCGAGAGAGGAUGGAGGAAAUGGAGCGUAUGCGGGAACAUGUAUUCCAGGAAGCUGACACAAACAGAGAUGGCCUCAUCAGUUAUGAGGAAUUCCAUGCACAAACUCAAAAGAAGGACUUUAACAGUGAUCCCGGCUGGGAAUCAUUAGACCAGCAGCAAGUGUACACCCCUGAAGAGUAUCACAAGUUUGAAUUGCAAAGGCAACAUGAAAUUGAAGCAAUGAUCGCUGAUGGAAGGUUGCAUCCCCAGUAUGGAGUAAACCCUCAACAGCAGUUCCAAGGUCAUCCACAGCAGUUUAAUGCGCACCCGCAACAGUUCCAAGCUCAUCCUGGUCAACCACAGCAGUAUCAAGCUCAUCCUGGUCAACCACAGCAGUAUCAAGCCCAUCCAGGUCAGCCCCAGCAGUAUCAAGCCCAUCCUGGUCAGCCUCCGCAGUAUCAAGCCCAUCCAGGUCAACCACAGCAAUUCCAGGCUCAUCCUCAAGGUCAACCUCAGCAGUAUCAACAAGCCCAUCCAGGUCAACCACAGCAAUUCCAGGCUCCUCCUCAGCAGUAUCAAGCCCAUCCUCAGCAAGGUCAACCACAGCAGUUCCAGGCCAAUCCUCAACAAGGUCAACCACAGCAGUUCCAGGCCAAUCCUCAACAAGGUCAGCCACAGCAGUUCCAGGCUAAUCCUCAACAAGGUCAGCCACAGCAGUUCCAGGCCCAUCCUCAACAAUUCCAGGCUCCAUCUCAGAAUUUCCAGGGACAACCACAAUAUCAAGGCCAACCACAGCAGUUCCAGCCACCAACUUCCAAUCAACACAACCAAGCUGAGAAUCAUAUUGCCUCCCAGCAGGCAGCCCCACAACAUCAUCAUUCUGGACAAGUUGACUCUCAACCUCAACAAGCUCAGCAACCACCUGUACCACAACCAGCAGCUAGUAGCAAUCAGGCACAGCCAAGCCAAGUAGUAAAACAAGUUUAGGUUAUUAAUUCAUGUUCUUUGUCAAAUUGCUAAAUUGUGAUAGCUGGACUUGCAGCGUUGGCACUACAAUGUUUCCAUUAUGGUGACUUCACUUAUUCCAACGCUGGUACAUCAUCCAAAAUGAAGUCUAAUGCAAUGCAUUAUCUCAAGUUGUUUGUGGAGGUAAAGAUAAAUAGUGCGUCAUGAGUUCAUGUUAGAUGUUCUCAUUGUAAAAAUAUCAAAAAAAGAAAAACAUCUAGUUUGCAUUUCGUUUUGCCAUUCUUUCUGUGAUUUCUGUGAUUAGUCAAAAUAACCUAUUGUCUUUGCAUAAUUCAAUACACUUGUCUAAAUUUUCAUUUUGUGUGGAAACCAUAUUCUGUACAUCAUAUGUGGAAAUGCUCUCUAGACUGAUUUGAAAGCAUUUGUUUGCCUUGCCUGUGUAAGGCAGUUUCUGUACAACACAAUCCUGACUUGGGCCUUGGACUGUUAAGUUACCAUUUGCAUUUUAAAAUGCAAGUAUAUGUUCACAAUGCAUUUAGCUUGCCAAUUCAGUAUUGAAUUCUCCAUUUUUAUCAAAUAAAGAAAAAAAAGGUAGUUGCUUGGAUGUACUUACUUCAUUCAAGUGAUGUAGAUUUGCAAUGCAAUUUCUUUCAUCAUCCAGAUAACACCUCUUGUCUAGUUACAUCCAUUUAACCUCUUCGUGUAUUUGCCAAAAAAAAUUCAGCAAAUGGCAAAACAGUUACAAACAUCUGCUGUAUAUUGCAGACCCAUGUUCUGCGACAAGAGAAAACAAGAAUUGGUUACUCUUACGCCUCCUGUCCUUAAAUAAAUGUGUUUUUCAAAAUUA